ACACACUAUUACCUCGAACUGCAAGAAGAAGCAGCACAGACCAACAGCAGUACUACCUAGGAAGAACGACUUCAACAGAGCAUGGCUGCUACCAUCGGCCUCCUCUCCGAGAAGCAUUUUCUCUGCUCUCUGUGUCGAGACAUCUUCAGCAGCCCAGUGACCAUACCAUGUGGACACAGCUUCUGCCUGUCCUGUCUCUGCCACUACUGGACACGACACCAGUCUAAAUACUGCCCUUACUGCCGGAGAUUGUUUGCUGACCGGCCUGACCUCAGUGUCAACCACAUUCUGGCAGAUGUGUCUGAAAACUACAGGAAGACUCGACCUGAGAAACCCCCAGAUGAGGAAAUGGUUAUAGAUGUUGAGCAAAUGAUUCAGGAGAGGCUGCAGAAGAUCGAAAGACUGAAAUACUCUCUUGAGCUUCAGCGGAGCUCCUACCUCAGAGAGGUGCGAGAGAGUCAGAAAGUCUUCUCUGCCUUCGUAAAUGCCAUGGAGAAGAGUCACAAAGCGGUUGUUGCUGCCAUUGAGGAGAAACAGAGAGAUGAGGAGAAGAGAGUGGAAAUACUGAUGAAAGAGAUCGAACAGGAGAUCCAGGAGCUGAGGAAGGAAAUGGACGGACCUGACCCUGUGAUUUCUGUGAACGGGGAUCAAAGUGACGACACACAGCAGAUUUCCAGGCUCUCGGAGAUGAAGGACUGGUCCAAGGUUACCAUAGAAACGGACCCUUGUGUUGGGGUAGCUAGAAAAGCGUUGUCUGACAUAUUGGAAAAAAUAAAGGUAGAAGUCAACAGACUCUCUAAAGCUGAACUCAGGAGAAUAGAGAAAUACUCAGUGGAUGUCAACCUCAGUGCUAAGACAGCACACCCCUUCCUGUCUGUCUCAGAUGACAGAAAACAGGUGAGGCACACGGACAAGCUUCAGGAGGUACCGGAUCACCCGAAGCGAUUUGACCGUGUGGCAAACGUGCUGGCUAAAGAAAGCUUCAGCAGUGGGAGGUGCUACUGGGAAGUGGAGGUUGGAGAAAAGAUCGAAUGGAACCUGGGUGUUGCCAGGCAGUCCGUAAACAGGAAGGGCAAGUUCACUGUCUGCCCUGCAAACGGUUUUUGGACUUUAAGCCUGAAGGUUGGAGGCCAGUACAUUGCCAACACCUCUCCCUUCACCUCAGUGGCUGUAGAUCACCGACCCAGGAGGGUGGGCGUGUUCCUUGAUUACACAGAAGGCCGGGUGUCCUUUUACUGUGCAGAAUCAGGAGUCCACAUUCACACCUUCACCGAUAACUUCACUGAUAGGCUUCAUCCUUUCUUCUGUCCCGGACGCCUCCAUGGUGGCAAAAAUGCAGCUCCCUUAAUUAUCUCUUCUAGUUUUUGCAGCAUCUGAACCUCAAAGUAAAUUUCCACAAUAUAUAGAGCUGCCGUAUUUAUGCUUUUUGUAUCUAUCCAACAUAUUUAUUAAUUUAAAAAUCCAUUUCACAAUCUACAAUGAACCACCGUUUCCCUGUCAGGACUGCGAACAACAGGGUGCAGAAGGACCAAACUCCUUACACUCGAAAACUUCAAUGAAACCCAUAAACAUACUGGACAGAAAAAAGCAGGAUAGAAGAAGAGAGAAGGCUCUCAUAAAUGAACAAGUGAGUCAAAGUCCAAUAAGAGGAGAAAAAGGGGAU